AUGCGUAAUUUUACGCCUGUAAUUUUUAUAUUUUCAUAGAAUACAGUUCUACGGUUGUUCAUUGGCUGAGACAAAGCUCCAAUCAUUACUGUCGAUUAAAGUUAAAGAGUAAGUUCAAAAGUAGAAAGUCAAAUGCGAUUGGUACUUACAUUUGCAAUUGUUAAGUCAUCAUUAUUACAAUAUCAUUUACAUUUGUUGAUAAAUUAGUAAUUUUAUAAUCAUAUAUUAAAGUUGUAAAACAAGCCAGUGGAGGUUAGUUAUGUUUCUUCUCUUUUCUACUCAUCCUAUUUCACUAUAUUUUUCUUUCUCUGAUGAAUGAACGGUCAUUUCCUUGUGAAAGUCAGGUCACUUCCUUGUGCAAAAUCCAAAACGAUUUUAACAACAAAACAACAAAGUUUUUAUUGAAAAAAUCAUAAUAAUGUCAAAUUCCAGAAAAGUUAAAGCAAGACGUGAUAGUGAUUCAGUAAAUAUUAAUCCCAAAAGAAUGAAAUUAGAAGACGAAGACGAUUUAGAUAAAGAAAACGAUAGUAUAGUUACAAGUGAUGUAUCACUUGAAAAUGUUUCUCAACAAUUGUUAUCAUUGGAACAGAAUUUGGUUAUUGAAGUAGGAAAAAUUACAUUCCGUUCACCGGUAGAAUAUGUUUAUAAUCCUCUUGAGUAUGCAUUUAAUAUACACACUAUGUAUGUAGAGAAGUAUUGUAAGACUGCUAAGAAAAUAUUAUUUCUUGGAAUGAAUCCUGGUCCUUGGGGUAUGGUCCAAACUGGUGUUCCAUUUGGAGAGAUAAAUAUGGUUCGCGAUUGGCUAAAAAUUUCAGGACCAGUUGGAAAACCAGCCAAAGAACAACCAAGUAGGAAAGUAACUGGAUUUCAAUGUACCCGUAGCGAAGUCAGUGGAAAGAGAUUAUGGGGUCUCUUUCAAGAAUUAUGCAAAAGUCCAGAAAAAUUCUUUAAGCACGCAUAUGGACCAGAGGUAGAAACAUUACAUGCUGCUUGCGAUAAAGCUUUGGAAAAAAUUAUCAAUAUUUUAAAAGUUGGAAUUGUGAUUGGCAUUGGUGGAUAUGCAGGAAAACGAGCGCAAUUAGUAGUUCAAGCUUCAAAAUUACCUGUGAAGGUUUUAUGCUUACCUCAUCCAAGUCCACGUGCUGUGAAUAAUAAAAAUUGGAGUGAAAAAGCAACACAAAAGUUGAGUGAGUUUGGAUUACUUAAAUAUUUUACAGUUUAAAAUAUCUUGACAAGAAAAACUUUUUAUUUUUCAUGAGUUUUUAACAAAUUUAUGUUACCUUACUGUAGAAUUUAUAUUAGUUAUAUUACUUUACAAAUAUCUGUAACUAUCAUUUUAUAAUCUACUAUAUAUAUAUGUGUGUGUAUGUA